GAAGGCUAUCCGAACCGAACCGCUCAACGGAAUUGUAUGGCCCAUUAUCAUCUUCAUUAGUCCAUUACCCACUCACUCCUUCACUCAUUCUCUUUCUCUCUCCAAAAUUCUUACUAACAGAAAAAGGCGAUUUGAAGGCAGAAAAUUCUCUACUGCACAAGAUUCUCGAAUGAGUAGAGAUAGAAAAUAGGAUUUUUCGUAAUGUUCAUAGCUCUUGAUCUUGUUGCACCAUAGCAUAAAGAGCCUCUACAGACUCCAAGGAUCACACAGUUUUCGAGGAAUUUCGUACAUUUGGCAUGUUAUGAACUAAUUAUUAUUCAUAUGAAUUUCGUUUCGUGUGAUUUUUCUCCAAAUUUUGGAGUUUUUCACUGAAAACUAGGACAGACAAUGAGAAGGUGUAAGAGAAUUGCUGAGGUGGUUGCGGAGGAUGGCGUAAGAAUGACGAGAGUUAGAGCAGCACUAGCAGCCACUACGUCGGUCAGUAAAAAGAGAAAAGUUGAUGGAGGAGAAUUGGAGCUGUCCACAUCCUUAGUUCAGCUCGAAACUCGAACUCUAAGCAUAAUGACGCCGGAGAAUUCAGAUUCCGGAAAUUCCACACGCGAGAGUGUUAGUCCCGAUCAUGUUUUAGCAUUUUGCUGCUCAAGUAAUGAAUCGAUUGAAGUCGUGAAAGUGAAUUCGAAAUUUAAAGAUCUACAGGAGGAGAAAGAGAUUGUUGUGGAGGUUGAAACGUGGACAUAUGAUCUUAUGGAUUGUGGAGAAAGUAGAGUAACCACUCCGUCGAGCGAGGUUGAAGCUUAGCUAGAGUCGACUUCGAGGCCACAAGAGGCAAAUUCUCGCAGUCGCAGUUCGAUGCAGAAGACGCCUUCGGAAACUGAGCUCGAAGAAUUCUUCGCCGCUGCUGAAAAAGAUAUCCAAAAACAAUUCACAGAAAAGUAUAAUUUUGACAUUCUGGAGGACAUACCACUGGAAGGACGGUACGAGUGGAUUGAACUGAACCCUGAGUUAGUUUGCACCAACACAGAAACAGGAAAUGCAACAAGACUCGAUACUUGACUAUACUAUUUCCAGAAACAUAAGUAAGACACGAAAUGCUGUUUCAUCACUAAUUUGAAACUUAAUAUUAGGUGAUUUUAUUGCAUUUCUAGGUUGCUAUUUCAGUUGAAAUCAAUGACUUUUCUCUAUUUCACUCUUUCUUUUCUGGUCUUGUAAAUAAAUUCUUCAAGUAGUAUAUGGAAUUUAAUGAAAAAUUCACUCCCUUUUGGGCAAAAUUCA